UGCAGGGGUGGCAUCUGCAGGCAGGGGCAGUGUGCAGAGACCCCACCUCCUCCCCUUGCCUAGGGACCAGACAUGCCGGCUGCUCCCGGGAGUGGUGCAGAGCCAGGGCAGUUAGGGAGCCUGCCUUAGCCCUGCUGUGCUUUCAGACUUUUAGCAGUUUAAAAUCUCCUGGAUUGGCUUCAGUUUUCUCCAGGAGAUUAAGCCCAAUUCUGGGAGACUCACGGCAAAACUGGGAGAAUUGGCAACCGUAAGAGAUCAUAUGACACUUGUAGAGACUUCUCACUAACCUUGUACACAGUAAAUUCCAGCACAGGGCAUGCAAUGUUCACUUCAGACCUGAAUUCCAAUUGGUGUAAUCUACAAGCCAAGCUGAAAGAAAACAGUAGUCUUAAAGGUGGGGUGGGUGACCUUUAGAAACCAAAAUCCCGUCGUCAUCCUACCUCCAUGUCCACCCUCAGAGGAGAUAGCUCAAGGGAAAAUUCUGUCAGAGGAAGCUUGUGGAGUUUUUCUAACACCUUCUCUCUUACCCAGCAGGGGGCAUCUGUUGUAUAGAUACUCACUAAUACACAGCUAGGCCCAAAAGCAUUCAAUAAGCUUUAAUAUCCAGAUGUGGUGGGGUUGAUCAGAACCUAAUGACGAUUGCACAGAAUGUAGACACAGACUCAGACUCCUAUUGAAAGAGCAGCAUUGCAGAUGACUUGCUUUAGAACCAAUCUGAGCUAUCCAAAGGUUCACAAAACACUUAAUAUUGCAUACAGCCUUAAUAAUGAGGCUGUAUAUGUAACACACACGCCUCCUGCGUGUGGUGCUCUGUCCCAUCUAGUGGUGCUGAGAACACUUAGAGAAAGAUAUUGAGUUUGCUCUACAGCCUUAGCUAAUAGCCAUAUGGCUUUUAGUUCAUGCUGUAGAGGCUCAUGCACUAAGCUCCAGAGGCCCCAGGUUCGAUCCUGCCCACUGAUAACUGGGGUCUGUCGGUGUUACAUAUACUAACACUCCUCUUUCUGACACAGUUUAGUUACUGAUGGGAGAUCAAGAUGUUAUUACGGAAGUCCCAGCAGCACUGAAACGGUUGGCCAAAUACAUGGUGCGUGGCUUCUAUGGGGUAGAGUACUCACUGGUCCUUGAUGUGUUGAUCCGAUACCCCUGUGUGAAGGAGGAUGACUUGCUGCUACUGCUCAAGUAUGAACGCAAACAGUUGCGCACUGUCCUCAACACGCUCAAGGCAGAUAAAUUUGUCAAGCUGCGCAUGCGGGUUGAAACAGGGCCCAAUGGGAAGAGUACAAGGCAUAAUUACUACUACAUCAACUACAAGGUGCUGGUGGAUGUGGUGAAGUACAAACUGGAUCAUGUGCGCCGGAAGAUAGAAGCAGAUGAGCGGGAUUCAACUACCAGGUCCUCCUUCAAGUGUCCGUCUUGCUUCAGCACUUACACAGACCUGGAAGUAAAUCAGCUGUUUGACAUAUUCACAGAGACUUUCCGCUGCACCUACUGCAAUGCUGAAGUUGAGGAGGAUGCCUCUGCACUUCCCAAACGAGAUGCUCGAACCUUGCUAGCAAAAUUUAAUGAACAGAUUGAACCCAUCUUUGCACUGCUGCGGGAAACUGAAGAGGUUGUUCUACCACAUGAUUUGCUUGAGCCUCAGCCAACGGAAAUUCCAGAGCUAUCAGAAAGCUUUGAACAGAAGGUAUGUUCAAGCAUCCUAGACUCCAGUAGCCAUCCUGAGAAAUGGGCCAACAAGAAUUCAUCUGUCAGUAAUAUGUAUGUUCAAAACUUGGUCAUUGAUGUCCAAGAUUCUGAACCAAAGACGAAAGGGAAGGAAAAAGUGACUAAAGAACAUCCUAUAUGGAUGUCACAAAGUACUGUACAAGGAGCAUCUUCAUAUGCAACUGACUCCAAUACUGGUAAUUUGGGAACAGAAAUGUCCAAAGAAACUGAUGACUAUGUUAAGGAAGUUGUUACUGAUAAUGAAGUAAUAAAGACUCUUCUCAUCCAUGAAUCUAAGUCUUCCUCUGGCACAGGGCAUCCCCCUCCUCUUGCCAAAAACAAACUGCAUGAGUCAGAAAGUGACACCAGUGAAUCAGAGGAGGAGGCCAAACAUGCAAAACCUGUGGUAGUUAAAGCAGCAGGGAGUGACUUGGAACAAGAGGAACAGGAAACACUGGAUCCUACAGUAAUGGUUGCUGGACAGGCCCACUUGUACAGUGAAGUUAGUGACAAUCCAGAGCUAGUGUCACUUAUGACAGAUGAAGAGAGAGAAGUUUACAUCAAGGUGGGACAAGAAAUGUUCCAGUCUGUCUUUGAGUGAAUGAAUUAAAAAGCAAUUGUACUGCACAUGUAAGUUUUUUAGAAGUGCUGUAUGAAAUUCCUGUUGUAGCUUAACCUACAGUUGUUGCUGGGUGAAACAAAUGUAAAGUUCAGGAUAUUUUUUGUGAAGGUGAUGGUAUAGUCUAAAUGUGCUCUUUGGAGAGCUUGCUAUUUAAUUUGUACUUGUGUUGCUUCUCCAAAGCAACAAAGUGAAGAUGUUGCAAAUAACCUUGGUUGGUUUCAAGCUAGAGAAUUUAAAUUGUUUCCAUAUAGUUCCUGUUUGUGAAACAGUCCUAAAUUUUGUUUAAUAUGUUAAGUAUUGUAAUGAAAAAACAAAAUGUAAUGCUUUAAUUACUUUAGAAGCAGGAAUCAUCCUGUCUGAUCAAUAAAUAAAUCUCAACAGGACACAAUUGUCUGAGUGCUAAAAUAAAUGCCUAAAACCAAGUGACAGUCAGAACCUAAAAGGAUUUAACAGGCCAUGUAAUCCAUCUCCCUGCCAAGGUGUUGUUAGAUUAAUUUCCGUUUCUUGAUAAGU